GUGCUGGGUGACACUUGGGUGCAGCAGCUCCACCAGAGAAGGAAGCGGAGUUUCCGGCUGUUUGAAGCGGAGUGAGAGGACUGCUGACGCCGCGAAUCCCCGAGAUAAACGCCGCCGGCUGGGGGGGGCUGAUAAUUUCUAGCAUUGGUAGUGGUCGUUUGCUUUCACACCGCGGAAUCUGGGGGUCUGUUUCUUAUUAUUACAAGCCCAGGGGGUCGGUCAGAAAACCAAGCAAAGAAGCGGCACAAGGCGGGGGGAGCCACCAGCUACCGGCAUGGCCAGGGACUACGAUUACCUCUUCAAGCUGCUCAUCAUCGGGGACAGCGGGGUGGGGAAGAGCAGUCUCCUCCUGCGAUUUGCAGACAACACAUUUUCAGGUAGCUACAUCACCACAAUUGGUGUCGACUUUAAGAUCCGAACAGUUGAGAUCAACGGGGAGAAGGUGAAGCUACAGAUCUGGGAUACAGCAGGACAGGAGCGCUUCCGCACAAUCACAUCCACGUACUACAGAGGAACACAUGGGGUCAUAGUGGUGUACGACGUCACGAGCGCAGAGUCCUUUGUCAAUGUGAAACGAUGGCUACAUGAAAUCAACCAGAACUGUGACGACGUGUGCCGAAUAUUAGUGGGAAACAAAAAUGACGACCCGAACUCCAAGGUGGUGGAGACGACUGACGCGCAGAAGUUUGCAGAGCAGAUGGGGAUCAACCUGUUUGAGACGAGUGCAAAAGAGAACAUCAACGUUGAAGAGAUGUUCAACUGCAUCACAGAGCUAGUGCUAAGAGCCAAGAAGGAGGUGCUGGCCAAGCAGCAGCAGCAGCAACAAAACGACGUGGUCAAACUCACCCGGAACAGUAAACGGAAGAAGAAGUGCUGCUAGCGGCCUCCAAGCCCCCCCCCCCCCCCACCAAAGGCCCGCGGCGUAUAUUCUUGACACAAGCAUACACACAAGAUGGGACUCAGAGCUUCUAAAUUAAAGAGCAGAUAAAGAUUUAAUAAAUAUACAGAGAAAGAUAAAAAAAAAAAAAAAAUACAAAACGUCCCCUUUGGACAAAGUCAUCAUGAAGACUUGGAACGUGUACAGAUUUAUUUGACACCAGAUCGACUUUUAUUUGGGAUUCAGCAGACGACCACGAUUGACCUGAAGUCCUUCACGGAUCUGCAAGCUGACAACCAUCCGCCAUAUUGGUCCAAUUAUUCUCCAUAAACGCCCCACAUUCUUCAUGAGAGUCUCCCCCCUCUGCACACGGGACAGCUGAGUGCGAGGAAGAGGAAGGAGGACUCACCGUAUCCGGACUUCUUUGUUGAUCUCUCGUUUUUGUUUUGGACAGGCGUGGUGGCCGCUGUGCUUUGCAGCGAGACGUUUGUUUUGAGACGGUUGUCUGAGGUUUCAUCACCAUCAGACUCCUGUUUUCUUCCAGCCGACACGGAGACAUCCUGAACUACUAGUUUGUGUUUCAUUUGACUUCAAGGGGAAAAAUCAAAGAUGAUGAUUGGUAGACGACCUUCAGCAGCGGAUGCAAUGGACCGACCUGAUCACCUCUGUUUUGUUUUCUUCUUUUGUCAAUAUUUUGCCAAGCUUUGCACCUCUUCCUUUCUAACAUCCAGUAGUGUUGAGCCACAUUAAUCCAUCAUCUGUUUCUCCUUUCUGACUUUUUUUAUGUUUAAAGUGCAGCAGAGCAGUCGACCCGCUCUGUUCACUGCAGUCUUACUGUGUUCACACUUAGCUUUUAAACCUUUUCCUCCUAUUCCUUUUUUUUUUUAAUGACACUGCCAACAUCAUAAAGAAUAUAUGAAGAGCUCAGUGGAGGAUCUCAUUGGACUUGUUGCCAUAGUGGCCCCUGGUUUGCCCAGCGGCAGGAAGAAUCAGGAUCUGAUGGGACAAUGUUGAGUCCUCAGGAAGCGCUCAGGGCUGCCCUCCUUCUCCUCUCCCUAAUCCUUUGUUUUUCUGCAGACUCUUUCUUUCUACCCCGUUAACGCUCCCAGCAUUCCAGCACCUCUCAUGGGGGAUGGACUCACCUCUCAUGGGGGAUGGACUCACCUCUCAUGGGGGAUGGACUCACCUGUCAUGGGGGAUGGACUCACCUCUCAUGGGGGUUGGACUCACCUGUCACGUCGACGGUCUAUCAAGGGGCUCAUGGACUCUCACUGUAACCCGUAGCAGACUGGAACCUGCCCUUCCUUUAGAGCAUGUAACAUGUUGUGAAGGGGUUUGUAGGAGGACUGUAUGUUCUCAGCUUGCAGAAUAUUUGUAACAGUUGACUAAUGUCAAAGUCUGAUGUCAUGUUAUCUGUUGCUUUUCUGUAUAAACCCCCCCCCCCCCCCCCCCCCCCACUUCCUGGCUUACAUGUAAACUAGAGAGUUACCUGACCGUGUUUUUGGCAUCCAUGAUGAGAGUGUGAAAGACGGUGGGACGGGUAAUUUAAGACCAAAUGGGGGGUGAAGUAAAUCCCUAGAUUCCAAUGUUCAGGCUGGAGCUCCAUUGUCUCUCCAUGUGACCGUUACCAAGACAACGUACUGUGUCCUUUACCGACGACUAUCGUUGUGUUUAAAUGGAGAGAGCUGCACGUGUUGCUAACGUUUCUUUUCCACUUUCUGGACUCCCUGAUGGAAACGUUCACACAUCCUGAUUAGUUUUCAUUACGUGUAUGUACAUAAAUAUAUUUGUGUGUUUAUAUUCAAUAUCCAAACAUACACACAUAAUUAGCACACCGAACUGUGCAUGUGUUGGACAUGCCUGUGUGCUGUGUUUGAACACACACCUGUCAGCUGUGGUUGCUGUACACUGGAGAAAAAGAGAUGUACUAUUCCUUUUUUCCCGACAUGAAUUAAAUCAGUAAUCGACAUUUUAAAGGAAUAAAUCUUUGACACAUACUGACCUCUCUCGUGUCAGUGCUUUGAGGCUCGGUCUUAACUUUGUUUUAAACCUGUGUCUUUGAUUUCUGUGAAUAAACUUGUAUGGGAGGAAGUGUG